AUGACAUUGUGGAAGGAAUUUAGCACCAAGAACAAGUUGUUGAUUACUGGUACUCCAUUACAGAACAGUGUGGAAGAGUUGUGGGAAUUUAAUAUGGUAAGAAUGUUGGAUAUAUUAGCAGAAUAUAUGUCACAUAGAGGGUUUCAAUUUCAAAGGAUAGAUGGCAGCACUAAGGCUGAACUGCGUCAGCAAGCAAUGGAUCAUUUUAAUGCACCUGGUAGUGAUGAUUUAUGCUUCCUUCUUUCAACUCGGGCAGGUGGCCUAGGUAUCAACCUUGCAACAGCAGAUGCAGUUAUCAUAUUUGAUUCGGACUGGAACCCUCAAAAUGACCUACAGGCAAUGAGUAUAGCUCAUAGAAUCGGCCAACAAGAAGUUGUGAACAUCUACAGAUUUGUCACAAGCAAAAGUGUUGAGGAAGAUAUCUUGGAGCGAGCUAAGAAAAAGAUGGUUGAUGAUGUUCUCUUCAAAUUCUUGAGAAAUUUGUUUGCUUUAUAG